GAACCUUCGCAGAGAUCUCGGCGAACUCAAAGUCGCCGUGGCAGUAGUACUUGUUGUUGACGUUGCCGUUUUUGUUACUGUUGCUCCUGCCAUAAUUAGACGUUGCUUUUGGUUUGUUGGCUAAGCGUUGUCAAGUCAUUUUUCAGUCACGAAUUGGUAGCUUAUGAGAGAAGAGCCCUCAUUUGGACGUUAACCAAGUGAGAAUAAUCCAAUUUUAGACUUGGUCGCUCAGAGAUGAAGCUCUUGCUCAUAUCAAUGGGCCUUUUGGCCGUCGCCCAUGCGGGUGAAAAGUAUUGGUGGAUGAACAAAGGUGUGUUUGGAGGUGCCUCUGGGGGUGGUGGAGGACGUGGUGGAGGAUCGUCGGGCAAUGGAGGCUGCUGUGGAGGAAAUGGAGGCCACAACUCCAAUCAAGGCCAGGGUAAUUACAACGACUACCAACCACAACAACAGCAACAACAACAACAACAAGGGAGCAACAAUAAUCACAAUAAUCAAAACUUUGGAGGAUCAAGCUCAGUCCAAACCGAAUGUCCGGCAGGAACCAAAUGUGUGAGCGAUUUCUUCUGUGACGAAAACGCCGUCAUGGUGAGCUACAGGGUCAGCUUGACUCCCGCCCAAAAACGCAACCGUGGCAAUCUCUUGCCUUGCAUGAACCAACAAACUGGUCAAUUUGAUGUGUGUUGCUCAACUUCGUCUGGAUCGAGUGGUGGCAACCAGGGUAAUAACCCCAACUCUUUCCAAGGAUCCCAACCAGGACAGUCCUUUCCAGGCCAGGGUCAAAAUUUUAACAACAACAACAAUAAUAAUAAUAAUAACAACAACAACAACGAUUUGGCUACGAAUAACAUUCCUCGGAGCAAUUGUCCAGUUAUCCGGAGUAUUCCUGAUGUCAAGAGUUGCAAACGAGUUCAGUCCAAUUGUUGGUCGGUCGGCCAAGCAGAUGUGGAUUGUCCCAACAGUGAACUCUGCUGCUUUGACGGAUGCAGAAACGCUUGUUACUUUAGAGGAAAUGAAAACGCACCUAGGCCCGGGCAACAACAACCUUUCCAACCUGCACCUGCACCCCAACAGCCACAAAGACCACAGCCUCCACCACCACAACAACAAAGACCUCAACCUACACCUCCAGGACCCAGACCCUCUCCUCCUCCACAACAACAACAGCAAUCACAAUCACAAGAUAAUUUCCAGGAUCCCCCUCCCAUCCCUACCCCAGCACCUCAACAACCAUACAACCCUCCACCCCCACCGCAACAGACUUUCAAUCCUCCAACCCAACAACAACAGCAGCAACAGCAAUCCUUUAACCCUCCCCCUCCUCAACGACAGCAACAGCAGCAACAACAGCAACGGCCAUCUCCCUCCACUGGCCAAUGUCCCAACAUUAACGCCUUACCCUUUGAGGACUGUGAGAGCGAGAGAGACACUUGUUGGAACACGGACAGACGGGACGAUUGCGCCCGGGGAUUCCUUUGUUGCAACGACGGUUGCGUGAAGACUUGUUAUAACACAAACACGGGAGAUUUCCUGAGACAUCCCCAAUCAAAGCUGAGUAGCGAGAGUCAAGCUGGGUCCCCUCCCGCUUCGCUCCCGGCUCAACAACCGGCUCGUAGACCUUCCAACAACGCCCGUCCUUCAAAUCAGAACAACUUUAGAGCCCCUGUACCCCAAAACAACAACAACAACAACUUUGGAUCACAAAACAAUUUCCAACCCGCACCUCCACGCCAAAAUAAUAAUAACUUCAGUCCACCAAGACAGUCACCGUCAAACAGCUUCAACUCACAACCCAGCGCCAAUAAUAAUAAUAAUAACUAUAACCCCCCGCAAACGAGUCAUUCUUCCAACGGGAACACCAAUAUCCAAUUCCCUCAACCUUCGCGGAACAACUUCAACAAGCCAAGGCCUGCUCCUCAGCAAUCCUUCAACUCGGCUCCUCAAUCCCAGGGAUCCCGAAACAACUUCCAAAGCAACGGACCCCAGCCUCAAGCCGAUGAGAAGCCAUUCGUGAUGUGCCCAUCCGCCAUGUUGUGCGUUCCCAGAGAAAACUGCGACUUAAAAGGAUUCAUUACGACCCAGUCUUUGGCACUCACCCCUCAACUUGAAAUGCUCAGAGUGGCUACUAUUACUUGUGUCAAUCCCGACAACCAAAACAUUGACAUUUGUUGCCGCGAUCCCAACUACAAGGACCCUUGGCCCGGUGGCAUGAUGAACGGCAAUGGUGGCGGCAACAACAAUAACAACAAUGGUGGCGGCGGAUUCGGCGGCAAUCAAGGCUUCAACAAUGGAAAUAAUAACCAGUUCCAAGGGCAACAACCCGGUUUUGGCGGCGGAUCAAGCAACAGCAGCCCCAACAACUACAAUAACAACAAUCAUGGUGGCGGAAAGCGACGCAAGGGAGGAUAUGGAAAGUAAAUUUGACCAUAGUAUUUGAAACAUUUAUACCCCAAGACGAAUGUCCAAAACGUACAACAUAAGAUAUAAAUAAACAUAUGAAAUGAACUCA